AGUGCAUUGUGGGUAGGUCAGGGUCUGAGAGUGUAGGACGCCAUGUGCUUGUGAGAGUGACAGAGAGCUUUGACAAGUUUGUGCAGUGUUAUAAGCAGCCGGUGGUUGGUUGUUUGUUUGGAAAGAAGCGACAGGAAAGAAAAAUGUACUGCACUUUGCACUGUAUCCGGAACUCGCUGCGGAUAGCCGCAAAAACACACCGGCAUCACCUGUCUGCUCCAGCUCUGUCCGCACUGCGAGCGCUCCACUGUAGCCCCUCCCAUCUCUCCGAUGCCUUAGCGACGCCGCCGUUAGACGGAACACCCAAGCAGUACUCGCCCAAAAUCCAGCAGCUGGUCAACGACAUCUCCAGCCUCACCCUGUUAGAGGUGUCUGACCUCAAUGAGCUGCUCAAGAAAACGCUGAACAUUCAGGAUGUGGGGUUGAUGCCGAUGGGCGCGAUGGCUGCCGCCCCGACCGCCUCUGCAGCGCCGGUGGCGGAGGAAGACGCUGCCCCGGUGAAGAAGGAGAAAACCCAUUUCACCGUCAAACUGACCGAGCUGAAGGCGGAGGAUAAAGUCAAGCUGAUUAAGGAAGUGAAGAACUGCAUUCAAGGGUUGAAUCUCGUACAGGCUAAGAAGCUGGUGGAGUCGCUGCCUCAGGAGAUCCGGGCGAACGUUUCCAAAGAGGAGGCAGAGAAACUGAAGGCGGCUCUAGAAGCAGCAGGGGGCACUGUGGUUCUGGAGUAGAGCACCGCAGCACCACGUCAUCCACCUCUUCAUUACUGUCCCCAGUUCUGUUUUUGUUUCUUUUCUUUUCUUUUUUUACACAACAAAGCUGAUGAAUUCUGGGAAACGGAUAUAAAGUGAAAGAACCAGGUGUGUGAACUGUCAGACUGAACUCUAGCAGGCUGCAGGCUUGCGUACUCUCACCACCCGGCCAUCACACCUGUCCGUCUGUCUGUCCGUCUGUCCGCAAAGAUACAGACAGCGACGGCGUCACAGUAAUGUCUGUCUGUAUGUUUCUGUCUCAAUGCAGUGAGGACGUGUGUCCCGGACAUGUAGAGACGUACGCCAUUGUCCACAGUUAAAUAAAUGUGUAACAUUUAAGAA